AUGAGUUCAACGCAUUCCGACGACAAAAAGGCUGAAGCAGUCCCGCCCAAUCAGCAAAUCACGGCACGACAGGUAAAGAAGCUUUGAUUUUACCAUCGGAAAAGAGUGGUAUUUGAUUAAGAUUUGGAAUUUUCAAAUGAAUUUAGAUUUUUUGAUAAUAUUAUCAACCUGGUGUAACUAGUUCACUUUUAAAUUUAAAUAAUAUGUUAUAAUUCUUGAAAACGUUAUAAUAAUAUUUAUAUUGUUAAACUUACUCUGUUUUUCCUUGCCCUAUAUUUGCGUCAACAAGGCGAUCAAGCCCUACUUGCUGUCAUUUAGAGUAACAUUUCGUAAUAUUAUCAUAGGUUCAGUAGCCCAAACUGAAAAAAAAUCCAAAAAAUAUAAGCCUAAAGCCAAUUCGCUGACUACCCAGCUUAUAAAAUCAGAAUCCUUGUCUACAUCUUCACCGUCAGACAGUCUCAGCCACAAUUCCAUCGAACUCUAGCGGUUUAAAAUCAAUUUGCAAAUGUGAUUUCGCUGUAAAUACAAACGUUUUUGUGCGUCUAACACGUCUUGUGUGUUGAGGCAUGGUGAAUUUUGUCAAAUUGGUUUAGAGACUUUUACUGUUUACUUUGGUCCAUCUUGUCUUAACAACAACUUUAUCAACAAACAGUAAAUCAAGUUGUACAUGUUGGAGUAGAUAGGACAGUAAUGUACAUGUUAUGGUAGAUAGGGCUUUUAGAUGCAUAUCUUGUAUAUUUUAACGUCAUUUUUUACAGUUUUUAUUGAUUAUCUUCAUGUGCACAUGCAUGUGUAACAGUUAAGUUCAUCUUUUUUUUAAUUGUUUUCUAAUUAUUUGGUUUCUUAGAACUGUUUUUCUAAAGAUUCUGAUGUCAUUCUUUUUUAAACUUCCUCUUUAAUGUACUUUUAAACCAUAACAGGCUUGAUCAUUACAGUUUAAACUUUCAAAACCUUAAAAAUCAAAUUUUAGUUUUAAAGUUAAAAUUUUUUAAUUCAGGGUCAACUCCGAUCAGAUCUAGCAAAUCCAGAAGCCUCGUACAGACGACGCGUUCAGAAACGCCGCGACGGUAUUCUGAUGUCGUACUGGGAGCCAGAACCCCUAACUCGUGAUACGUUCGAAGAAAAAGGACGAAAGGAUUCAACUUCAUCGUUAGAAGACCCAACGAGGAAAGUAUCUGCCUUUGGUCGGAUCAAACGAAGCCUACAACAACAAGCUCACGCGUUCUUGGCCAAAGAUGAUCUCGACGUUCUUGAUGAACGUACCAAUCAAAUGAUGACUCCGGCCAAAGAUCGGUACUGGUUUUGAUGCUUUAUUAGGAUUUUUUACUUAAAAAUUUUAAAAUUUUGGAUAUAAAUUUAUUUUUGAACUAAAAGCAUGCUUUAGAUUUGUAUAUUUGAAAAUUUUAUGUCCUCUGGGCUUUUCUAUUGUAAACAUUAAAAUUUAAAUUUCAGACGAAAAAAAUUUGGUCCAAAAGAAGCCGGAGACACUGUAGCAGCCGUGGUCGAUGAAGAUUCCGUUGUUUUUGAUGCUGAAAAAGCAGAUAAACAUAGGUCAAGAUCAAAAAAGCAUCAAAGAGAGUAUGGCACAUUCACAGAACGGCUACGAGACAAAUGGCAGAGCAUGAGCGAUGUUAGAGGUAUGUUUUUGUUAUUGUCAUACUUUUAGGUACAGCACUAAAAUUGAGUUUAUAAUGAGUCUUCUGGUGCCAAAAAAGUUUUGUCGCCAAUUUAUAUUAGUUUAGAAUGUCUAAAGCGACAAGACUUUUCGAAUUUUACAAAUUAAAACUAGAAGUUAUAAGCAAUAGUGCAUUAUUAGAUUGUUAAAAUAAUUCUGUGCCCUCUUUUAAAAAAAUUUUGGUUUUAGGCGGCACGGAAUUAACUGAACACCCUAAUGUUUCUUAAGCUUUAAAAAUUUUAGAAAUCGAAUUUAUUUGGCCGCCAAACACCUAG